GGAGGUGGACGGAGGUGCUGCCCGUUAGCCAAUGAGAUUCAAACGCUAACCGCUUUCUUCACGUGACGUGAUGGCCUUCUGUGACGUCCGCAAGGCUGGUAUAAAAAGGAAGACGCAUGCGGCAGCGCCAUUCCGCGUCUGGUUUGAGGUUUUUUCUAUUGGCGAAGACAACGGGGGAAGAAGUCUCUCCUUUGUGUGGGUGUGUGUGUGUGAGGAUAACAAAACAAAACAGCCGCACCUCAAAAUUCCUUUUCAUGUGCUUUUGAUGAACUUGGGACACUUUUUUCCAAAAAAUACUUGCAAUUCUUGCGAAAGGAGAGAAAAAUAUCAGCAAAAAUAUACCUACUUACCCAUAAGCUCCUUUUUAACAAAAAAAUAAGCCGAGUUCUUUGCAAACAAAGUCAUGAAAGUCUCUUUAACAAAAAAAUUGUCAACCUUGUGUUGUGUUUGCACAUAAAAAAACUCGAGGCGCUGAAGGAGAGUUUUGAUAGUAAUUGAUAACAAUGGGUUCUGGGCCUGUAGAUCCAAAAGAGCUCCUAAUAGGGUUGGAUUGCCUGCUUGGUAAAGAUGGGGAAAUUAAAAGUGCCGAUGGUGUUACUAGAAUUUACAGGUUGAUGAAGGAAUCAAAAAAGCUAGUGAGCAGGUGUAUGUACUUAAAUAUCCUGCUUCAGACCAGGUCUGAGGAGAUUCUAAAUCAGUUCAUCAGUAUUGGCGGUUACAAGCUGUUGAAUAAUUGGUUGACCUAUUCCAAAACUACUGGCAAUGUGCCGUUGUUACAGCAAAUUUUGCUGGCUUUGCAGCUGCUACCUCUCACUGUGGAUCACCUGAAACAGAAUAACACAGCUAAGAUAGUGAAGCAGUUGAGCAAGAGCUAUGAGGAUGAAGAACUCAGGAAGUUGGCGCAGGUUUUGGUUGACCAUUGGAUGACUGUCAUUCGAUCUCAAAGUCUGGGCCCUGGAAUGAUGGAGAAACAGCCAGAGAGGAAAAAGCGGAAAGAAGAGAAAAAGGAUGAAGGCAAGAUUCGAGCACCAGUUUCUGAGAGAGUUCCAGAGCCCAAGUCAGACCUCCGAGUGGAGACCAAGGAGGAAGAAACAGAGAAGAAACGAGAAAAGCCCAAAUCAUUGCGCACAACGGCACCCAGUCACGCUAAGUUCCGGUCAACAGGUUUGGAGAUGGAACCAGCAGCUCCUAUUCAGCCGAAGAAGAUUACCCCUGGUCCAGUCAUUUCUGACAAGUACAACAUCAAGCCAGCUCCUCUAAAGAGACCAAACACCUCUUUAACAAGCAGUGUUGCGCCACAAGUAGAAAAGAAGUACAAACCUUUGAAUGUGACUCCAAACGCCACCAAGGAAAUCAAAGUCAAGAUCAUUCCCCCACAACCUAUCGAGAGUACUGGAUUUCUGGAGGCACUCAACUCUGCCCCAGUACAUGGGCUGAAAAUCAAGAAAAAGAAGAAGAUUACGUCCCCAACCAGUGUAAAGUCCAAUCCCUUCGAUCCAAAAGCCAGCCCUGAACAGAACAGCACCAAGCCUGCUUCUCCAGAAGCUGCCAUCUCUGAGCCCAUGGACGUGGAAAGGUCUGCCACGCCAGUGCCACUGGAAGAGGUGCCUGAACCUGUGGAGAUGACGACCGCAGAAGAGGAUAACUCAGCGACUGUGGCCCCACCAGCAACUGAGACGUCUGUCCCUGAGGCAGUGCCAGAAGCAGCCAAACUGACCAAGAAGGGAAAGAAAAGGAAGACAGUGUCAUGGCGCGAGGAAUCAAAGCUGCGGGAGUAUUUCUACUUUGAACUGGACGAAACGGAACGAGUUAAUGUGAACAAAAUCAAAGACUUUGGUGAAGCUGCCAAGCGUGAAAUGAUGAUGGACCGGCAGGCUUUUGAGACGGCUCGAAGGCUAAGCCACGACACAAUGGAGGAGAAGAUCCCUUGGACGUGCCCAGUUUUAAUCGACUUGGGCCCUCAGCUCGCAGAGCGGGGCAGUAACAGUCAGGAGAAGCUCAUUCAGGAGGAGCGGGAGAAAGGAAUCCUACAGGAAAUCUUCCUGUCUAAAGACUGUGUUCCGGAGAGCCCCCAUGAGCCUGACCCAGAAUCCUACGAAACCAUUCCGCCCAAGGUCAUUCCACUGGAUGAUGAGAAUGGUGUCGAGGAGCCAAUGUACGAGGAACAGCUGCAGACAAUCCCUGGUGCUCAGUCCCCGGAUGGUUCUGGAAGCUCCAAGCUGCCUCCGGUGCUUGCCAACCUCAUGGGCAGCAUGGGUGUGAAGACACAGCAGGCUGGCUCAAAUUCUAGCUCCAGCAUCAAUGUGCAGGAGCUGCUCACCUCCAUCAUGAGCAACAAAAAGCCCAUCGAGGAGUUGGUCAAGCAGCCUGAGUUUUCAGAUAAAAUCAAACAGCUCCUUGGGCCUCUACAGCAGCAGGCCCCAUCAGGUCCACAGAUGAUGGGCCCUCCUCCAGCCAUGAAUGGUUUCCCCCCAGGCCCCAACAAUAUGCCUCACUUCCCUCCCGGUGGUCCUGGUGGGCCAGGUGGACCUUUCCCAGGUCCCCACGGCCCGAGGAUGAUGGGCCCCCCUCAGCGGGAUGGUUACUGGGACCAGCCGAAUGACAUGAGGGGCCCUCCCCACGGAAUGCGAGGUGGGCCCUACCAGCGGGGCCGAGGCCGCAGCAAUGAGCCAGUCUUUAGGGGUCGCUGCGGGAGAGGACCCCCCCACGGCGGGGGGAGGGGAGGACAUGGCAACGGAAUGGGAGGUGGCCACGGUGGAGCAGACAUGUCCAACAGGCCCCCAUGUCGGCACUUCAUGAUGAAAGGCAGUUGCCGCUACGAAAGCAACUGUGCCUUCUACCACCCUGGUGUGAACGGCCCCCCACUGCCCUGAGGCCUGUUGUCUGGUUUAUGAAGCGGUUAAGCUAACCUCUGCUGAAGAGCAUUCUGGCUGGGCCAGGCACUCAGAUUCCUGUGGAGAUUCCUGACAUCGGAGCAAGCUGGCUGGCCUCCCUCCAUCCUGUGGAACGUUUGAACAGUUCACUGCUGUAUCACGACUGUCUGGGUCUCCCAUCACAGUCUACAGACUUGAGAACAAUGAAACUGAACAGACAUCAGGCAUGGGAUUUAGACCACUACAAAGUGUUUAGUGUUGCACAGACACACUAGACUCAACUGUUUCCUUCCACCCACUGUCCCUUUCCUUCUUUCUGUUUGCCUCUGUGAGGCUCACAUAAGGCAGCUGAACUCCUGAAGGGGUGAGAUAAACAAACUGCUUUCCCUUGAGUCUGCACCAAAUGCUAUUUUGCCACUACAGCAAAGAAACAAAGCUCCCCUCGACCUGUUUGGUUACUUGCAACUGCUGGUGAAGCAGAGAGAAGCAUCAAAUGUGUUCUGAAAGUUGGGUGAUGUCUUUUCCCUCAUAUGCUCCCCGUUUGUGAGUCUGUUACACCAGAGAUGGGCAGAGCAGAGGUGCCUCCUCAGACUAGGCAACAACCGAAACCUCUACCUCUGCAUGAGCAAAGUGCCAGUCAACUAUUUCAGCGCUUCAUAUGACACUCAAUGAACCUUCCAUUUCACGUCCAGACUCUUGCUUUUCAUUGAGUGGCGAGAAUCCACUCUCUGGAGCAAGUUCACCUCCUGUUGCUUCAGUUGCUCUCCUUCUGACUCCUACCCUUCCCAUCCACCCAUCUCCACAACACAAGUGCUGAUAACCUUCCAGUCGCUUCCAUACAGUGUAGUGGCUGAAAUCUUUUCCAACUAUUUUUGUAAAUAUCUAUUUUGUAAUAAAUGUGCACUGCACGACAGACAGGCACGGUGCUGUAUGCCUGGUAGCUGUCAUCUUCUGGCUGAGCGUAAAGUCUGUGUUCAGCAACCGUCAAUAGGAAGUCACUGUUUGCAUUACCCUCUUCUUAUUCCCCCCUGCCUUCCCUCCUUAAGUUGACAUAGCAAAUUCCAUGACAUCCCACACCCCUUUGUCAAAAGUACAGUCAAGGUUUUUUUUAAUAUAUUAAUCCCUCCUCUCCCUCGAUCCUGGGGUUGCUGGCUAACGAUGCCCAGUCAGGGUGUAAGCACAGCUUUGCAGUUGAUGACGAUUUUUAAUGCAUUUAGUUAAUGUGACACAGUGAUUCUGAAACAGCUAUUUUAUAACCCACCAAGACACCCCCCAUAAGUCUUUGGGGACAAUUAUUCCAAAGAUGUCUGAAGCAUUACAUAAAGCCAGGUAGCAAAACCUUGCAGCCUCUCUUAAGCUUGUAUGUGGGUGAUGAAGGAGUUCUGCUUUCACCGAGGCAGUGUGAGAGAGGCCUGUGGAAGCAGUCAGUGCAUUUCCCCUGAAAGAACCCUCAUCCUCUUUCCCACAAUGUGACUGCACAAGUAACUUGCAGUUACUUUUUUCUGUUAGGCUUUGACCCCUCUCACACUGGACCCAAGGGUCCAUCAGUAAAUAUCUAUAAACAGCACAUCUUAUGGAAACUCCUUGAAAGUGAACUUGGUGAUGGGUUCCAUUGGCCAUCUGGUAUGAUUAGUGAGCUUUAAGGAGGCAGAGAGGCACUGUCCUUGCUUAGGUUUGUGCACAAGUAUAGAUUUUUCUUCUUUUGGGCAGGGGUGGAAAAAAUGAGGCUUAGUUUUGAACUGAGGCUGCGAUAGCCAUAUUUUUCUUUAUUUGAAUGCCCAACACAGGAGUUUGAUUGGGGCAGUUACUUUUGUUUCUGGCAUAUACCGGAUUCGGGAUGAAACUCCUGAUUGGGUGCUAUUUCCAUCUCCACUGAACAACUUGCGGCUGACAAAUUUGAUGGGCAAUUCAAAAAGGCAUCGUACACAGUGUAGAAACAUCCGGAUACCAAGCGUGGCUGAGCUUGGGAGAGAGGAGGGAAGCACUCUGUACAGGCAGGGAGAUGGUGGAACGGCUAACCCGGUCAACAUUGCACUAAUAGUACUGUGGUACAUGGACAUUGGCAGCCUAAUCUCUAGAAUGGGACAGUUCCCUUCAGAACAUUGUUUAAUAUUUACAUUUGUAUAUGUCCACUGUUUGUCCUUUUUGUUCUUUUUUAUAUAAAUAUAUACAUAUACAAAAUGUGCCCCAUCAUAGGUGAUGAUGACUGCUACUGAUCAUUUUACAGCUCAUUUUCUUUUGAACAAAUGGAUAUUGUACAAAUUUUGUCAUUGUGCUUUAAAAUUGUAAAUAACCAGGAAGUUUUUUUUUAAUAAACCAAUAAAAUGUAUUUUGAAAAUGGCUGAUCUACCUUUUCAAACAUGUGACUUGCUGCAAGGUCAGUGAGUUAUAAGAUUUGUCUUCUGUGAAAACCUGCUGUUUGUCUCUUUGGUAGGCACAUUAAUGUUUGGAGUAAUAUAUGCAUAAUGUUAGAGGAACUCUGAGUCAGGCAGCAUCUGUGGAAAGGAAUAGAUUUGACAUUUUUGUCUUCCUUUUUAUAGAUGCUGCCCGACCUGCAGAGUUCCUCCAGCAUUUUAUGUGUUACUCUGGAGUUCCAGCAUCUGCGUAGCUCAUGUUAAUAUUGGGAGUUUAUUUUUGUGAAAUCGUUUGUACCUUUUGUACAGUAUUUGCUAAUUUUUAUAUUUUAAUAAUAAAACAUUGAAACAAUGGA